UUGUAUGAUGCUAUAUUAAGAUAUCAUUCACUCGUAAACUCUUCAGUAGAAACUUGUAAGUGGCGACUUGUAGUGAGUUUUUAUAUAGUUUCGCUUUUGUGGCUAGAGUAGGUAUUUGUGUGUGCAGCAAUGACUUCCCUGUCAAAACGUGUAGUGCCAGACAUCAUACUAGAAAACCUAACAUGCAGGAUAUGCUGCAAAUACUUAACCGUAAGUCCAAUUGGAGUGCAUCCAGAUGGAGGAAACAUCUGUGGGAGGUGCCUAUACGGGAAAAAGUCAUCUCCAACGUGUCUUUUCGAAUGCAUGGAGGAUUUAAACUAUCAUUCGUUCCAAGGAUUUAUUCCAAUGGUCCUUCUAGGAUACGCCAGUUAUCCCGAAACUCUUUUUCCAUGCGUCAAUCGUUUUGAAGGGUGCAAUAAGCUUUUGCCGUUUUCCGCUAUAAAGAAUCAUGAAAAAAUCUGCGUUUACAAGAAAUUCCAGUGUCCUUUGUGCCAGUUUCAGGGCGUCGGUAGUCAGUUGAUUCAACAUUUUAGGACCGGCCAUAAGAGGUAUCUAUCAUCGGAAAAUCCAGUGUUUAUAUUAAAGAUAGACAACGACUUUUCUGAGACUUACUUAUUUAGAAGUGAAAAUACUUUAUUCUUAGUGAAAGUGGAAUAUAUUAAAGACUUGUCUCAGUUUAUGUUUGAGACUUUGUGUUUGGGAACCCCGUCGAGAAAAUUGGGGAGGUUAAGGAUAUUAUUUAGAAUACCAUCUGGCAGUAUUUCAACGUAUAACGACUACAUUUUACUCUCUGAUCGUUUAGAAAUUUCAAGGAACUGUAGAUUCAACAUGACUUUUAAGAUUAAUGAUUUUCGUUUGAGUGAAACUAAAAAUGUCGUGUGUAGUUAUAACUUAUUUUAUACAGAAUGAAAACUUGUAUUUGUAAAAUUGUGAUGUUUUAAAUAAGUUUAAUGUCAUUCACGUAAAUAAAUACUGAUACGAAAAGUCACGUGAUAGGGAUACAUCUGCAUGUCCUUGCGUGAUGAAACAAAGAAAUUUUAUCAAACUGCAAUAAUCCGGUUGUUUCUUUCAAAGCAAUUCGCACAAUCAUUUGACUUUGAUACGUACAAUCAGUAUUUAGAAUAAUGUUUUUAGAAAUCUUUAUUUUUUGUAAAAAUAAGUAAGUAUAACGACAAACACAAAAAUAUUCUAGGUUACCGUGCAUAUUUAAAAGCUUUUCAACUGAAAAUACUGUAUUGUCGCCCAUGUAUGAUAUAAAAAUAUUAUUUAAAUCAGCAGUAUAUCAGCAAUAGGUAUUUCAUAUCAUUAAACAAUGUAAUUCAAUAAUGUCGACUCCAAAAGAUGUAUCUAAGUUAUGUCAUAUCUAUUAUAAAAUGUAAGAUGUAGAAAAUUAAUAUUUUUGUAAAAUAUAAUUGUAUAUAAAUG